GUCAUUUUAAAAUACAUUUAUCUAAGUGACGUUCUCUGUUUCGCCUCCCUCUCCCUCUCCCUCUCCCUCUCCCUCUCCCUCCCUCUCUCUCUCUGCAGUAUUUUGUCCUCCGUGGGGUCUCAGCUUGACCUCAGGACCCUCCGAGCCGUCCGAGUGCUCCGACCGCUGAAACUGGUGUCUGGGAUUCCCAGCCUGCAGGUGGUGCUCAAGUCCAUUAUGAAGGCCAUGAUCCCCCUGCUGCAGAUCGGCCUGCUGUUGUUCGUGGCCAUCCUCAUGUUCGCCAUCAUCGGCCUGGAGUUCUACAUGGGAAAGUUCCACACUACCUGCUACGACAAGGUCACACGGGAGGUGGUGGACAGCUUGCCGUGCGGCACCGAGCUGCCGUCGCGGCUCUGUCCCAACGGCACCGUGUGCGAAGGGCACUGGAUCGGACCCAACUACGGAAUCACGCAGUUCGACAACAUCCUGUUCGCCGUGCUCACCGUCUUCCAGUGCAUCACCAUGGAGGGGUGGACGGACAUGCUCUACUACAGUAACGACGUGGAGGGCAGCGCCUGGAACUGGAUGUACUACAUCCCCCUCAUCAUCAUCGGCUCCUUCUUCAUGCUCAACCUGGUGCUGGGUGUGCUCUCAGGAGAGUUCGCCAAAGAGAGGGAGCGCGUGGAGAACCGGAGCGAGUUCCUCAAGCUGAGGCGCCAGCAGCAGAUCGAGAGGGAGCUCAACGGGUACCUGGAGUGGAUCUGCAAAGCCGAAGAAGUGAUCCUGGCGGAGGAGGACGGCACAGUGAACUUUGAUGGUACGAGGCGAAGGCCAACCAUCAAAACCAAAAACAACAAGACGGAGCUGCUGAACCCCGAAGAAGGAGAGGACAACAUGGGGGACGCAGUAGGUUUCGCCCGCUCCAGCCUGAAGAACGGGAUCGAAGGCUCCAACUACAGCAAGAAGGAGCGACGGCUGCGCUUCUUCAUCCGCAAGAUAGUGAAGACUCAGGCCUUCUACUGGACCGUGCUGUGCCUGGUGGGCCUCAACACCAUGUGUGUGGCCGCCGUGCACUACAACCAGCCCGAGCUGCUGUCCGACUUCCUGUGUGAGUCCAACGCACACACAAACACGCACACGCGUGUGCACGCGCAGGGCUCCUCCGCUAAAGACGCCAAACGUCUCCUCGAGUAGUGGGGAUAAAAGUUC